GCUUGCGUCUGCGGCACUUUGGUGCCCCCGGCUAUCGGGCAACCCCUCCCACCGCCUAGUCCGGGUCGCAGCUACAGCCGCCUGCCGGGCUUCCUUUGCCGCCGCUUCCCCGUGUGGUCUCUGGCUCGAAGCCCCUGCGCGCUCCCUCCUGGAGGUGUGCGGAGCCUCUCAAGGGAGCGGAAGCGGCAGCUUACAGGAGUACUUGAUGACUGCUUAUGUGAUAUAGAAAGCAUUGAUGAAUUCAACAAUUUUAAAAUCUUCCCCAAAAUACAGAAGCUUCAAGAACGGGAUUAUUUCAGAUAUUACAAGGUUAAUCUGAAGAGACCAUGUCCCUUUUGGGCAGAUGAUGGCCAUUGUUCUAUCAGAGAUUGCCAUGUGGAGCCCUGUCCUGAGAGUAAAGUACCAGUUGGAAUUAAAGCUGGAAGUGCUAACAAAUAUUCAAAGACAGUAAAUCAUACCAAAGAACUUGAAGACUGUGAACAGGCUAACAAGUUGGGAGCAAUUAAUAGUACAUUAAGCAACCAAAGUAAAGAAGCAUUCAUUGACUGGGCCCGAUACGAUGAUUCACAGGACCACUUUUGUGAACUAGAUGAUGAGAGAUCUCCUGACGCUCAGUAUGUAGAUUUGCUGCUGAAUCCAGAGCGUUACACUGGAUACAAAGGGCCCUCUGCCUGGAGAGUAUGGAACAGUAUCUAUGAAGAAAAUUGCUUCAAGCCACGAUCAGUGUAUCGCCCACUCAAUCCACUGGCACCAAGCAAGGGAGAAGAUGAUGGAGAAUCAUUCUACACAUGGCUAGAAGGCCUAUGUCUAGAGAAACGUGUUUUCUAUAAGCUUAUUUCUGGACUUCAUGCUAGUAUCAACUUGCAUCUUUGCGCAAAUUACCUGCUUGAAGAAACCUGGGGCAAACCUCGUUGGGGACCGAAUGUUAAAGAAUUCACCCAUCGCUUUGACCCUGCAGAAACAAAAAAUGAAGGUCCACGGCGACUUAAAAACUUGUAUUUCUUAUAUUUGGUGGAACUGCGUGCUUUGUCAAAAGUUGCAUCAUACUUUGAGCGUUCAGUUGUGGACCUUUACACUGGUAAUUCCCAAGAAGAUACAGAAACCAAGUCUCUAUUGUUAGAAAUAUUCAGAGAUGCAAAGUUGUUUCCUAUGCACUUUGAUGAAAAGUCGAUGUUUGCUGGAGACAAAAAGGGGGCCAAAUCAUUAAAGGAAGAAUUCAGGCUACAUUUCAAGAACAUAUCCCGCAUAAUGGAUUGUGUUGGCUGUGAUAAAUGCAGAUUAUGGGGCAAAUUGCAGACACAAGGAUUAGGAACUGCAUUGAAGAUCUUAUUCUCAGAAAAAGAAAUAAAGAAUCUUCCUGAAAACAGUCCAUCAAAAGGUUUUCAGCUCACACGACAAGAAAUAGUUGCUCUUCUGAAUGCAUUUGGAAGACUUUCUACCAGUAUACGAGAACUACAGAAUUUUAAAGUUUUAUUACAACAGAGGAGUUAACAAAGACUUUUGUACCUUCUACUGGAAGCAACCAUUAACUUGGCACCAAGCAACUUACAACCAAUCUUUAUACAAGCUGUUCUGAUGGGGGAAAGAGCUAAUAUCAGCCUUAAUAUUUGAAGUAGAUAUGGUUUGUCAUUGGACAGAUAUUUAUGAAUGAAGUACUUAAUUUUAAACACAUAAAUUAAAUUAUGCUGAUCUUCCACUGUUUCUUCUUCCAUCUCUUGGAGUAUCAUUUGAAACGAACUGUUAUUAUUUUCUUCUACUUUAUACUGCAACAGCUUGAUCUAGACUGUAUUGUCUACAUCUUCUGUUUUGAAAUGUUGCCCAAAUAUAAGUGAUAGUGAUAUCUUAAACUGUUACAUUUAUUCGAAGGACCUGAUAUGGUUAGACAAAUAAUUUUUGUGUUCUGGUUGUUUGAUUUGUUUUGUUACAACAAUUUUUAAAAAUGGCCAGUCAGGAUUUUAAUAAAACAAGUCCCUUGGCAUCCAGGGGUGACCAGCUUGCUUGCUUUCUCAUGUGUAUUUUAUUUCAUUUUUACUUGGUAUCUUUCCCCCUUUAAUUCUGUUUGUUUCUAUCACAGCUGCCUUCUCUGUGAGAAGAUAGAUGACUGGAUAAACCCUGCACCAGAGCUCAUUAUUUUUUGUUGUAAACAUCUGCUGAAUGGGCCUUUUGUGUUAAGUGCUGCUAACAUGAAAUCUUUUGCUUAAGCAUGGUGUUGGCUCCUUAAAAUUAAAAUAACACAUUUUUUAAAGAUGCCAGCUCCCCUUAUUCUGCUGGUCCUCUGAUUAAAAAGAGGAGAAGAUAAAUACUUUUCUGAUACAGCCCCCCCUUUUUAAAAGUGUCCAUUCUUUGAAUUCAGCAUUGCACAUUCUGCUUAUGCAAUUUCCAGUCAUACCUUAUUUUAAAUUUUUACAAAUCUGUAACAAAACGGGUAUUCUUUGCAGAAAUUUGAUUUUCAGUCACUACCUGCAAAGAAGAAUCUAACUUUGUCACCACAGAACAAUAGCAGACAACAAAUACAUUUUUAAAAAAGUUGUGAAUCUGCAGUAGAGUUCUGUCAGUUGUGGCACAGCAGCUUAUUCCAAAGCUGACUGCAAUAUACUAUUUAUAUUUAGUGGUGGAUAUUUGAAUACAGCAUGAACAUUAGUGUUGGUGUGGUAUAUAGACUUUGUACUAUGUUUUGCUCUGAAAAGUAAAACAGUCGAUACAAAAUGAAAUAAAAGUACUCUUAAACCCCUCUAA